AUGGAAGACGCUCACCAAAAGCUCGAUGUAAUCAUCGUUGGGGCAGGUCUGGCAGGACUUGCAGCCGCCAUCUCGUGCGGUCUGGCCAAACACAACAUCACAGUCCUGGAAGCGGCUAGACAACUCACAGAAAUUGGCGCUGGACUUCAAAUCACUCCUAAUGCCUCUCGCCUGUUCAAAGCGUGGGGCAUCGAAACUGAGGUAGCAGCCUUGGCUGCGGAACCCUCACUUCUCGCGGUACACCGAUACAGCGAUGGCAAGAUUCUGGCCCAGGAGGACGCGUUUGACCAAAAUAUACGCAGAAAGUAUGACGCCCCAUUCAUUGACAUGCAUCGAGUGGAUCUGCAGAAAAUUCUAUACAAACGAGCCAUAGAACUCGGAGUGGAUGUGAGACUCAACCACCGAAUUUUGAAAGUGGAUGACGCUAGUGGAUCGAAGCCUAGAGUCGUCCUUGAGUCUGGACAGUCACUAGAAUGCGAUGUUGUUGUUGGUGCCGAUGGCCUCUGGUCAAAAUGUCGCGAGAGCAUGCUGGGCAAGGCAGAUGCUCCGCUACCGACAGGAGAUCUCGCGUAUCGAAUCGUAUUGGAAAUCGACAAGAUCACAGACCCGGAGUUGAGAUCACGAAUCUCCAAUCCUGAAGUACACUUCUGGAUAGGCCCUCAGGCCCAUGCGGUCGGUUAUUCUCUCCGCGGUGGAACCAUGUACAAUAUUGUUCUGCUUUGCCCGGAUGAUCUGCCACCAGGUCUGUCACGAUUAAAUGGAUCAGUGGGCGAGAUGCAAGAUCUUUUCACCAAUUGGGAUCCAAUAUUGACCCGUUUUCUUCGUCAAGUCGAUAGUGUCGACAAAUGGAAAUUAAUGCAUAGGGCAGAAGUGCCUUCUUGGACAAAUAUACAGAAGAACUUUGUACUUAUCGGAGACUCGUGCCAUCCGAUGUUACCAUAUCUUGCGCAGGGUGCCAACUCAUCAAUCGAGGACGGCGCGGUAUUGGGGCGACUAUUGUCAUAUGUUCGUUCCAAAGCCCAAAUACCCUGGGCUAUCGAGCUAUACGAGUCGUUGAGAAAAUCCCGCAGUGAGAUGAUAGUACGUGAAACAUUUCAUCAAAGGGAUGCCUUUCACAUGCCAGACGGAGAUUCUCAGAUCGAGAGGGACACUUUAUUUCUGUCCCAACUGGGCAAAGAGGUUGAUGCUAAAUUUCCUAGUCGUUGGACUUGCCCAGAAGUGCAACCUUGGUUGUAUGGCUAUGAUGCCAUCAAAGAAGCAGAUAAUGCCGCGAUCCUGAGCCUCUCGAAACGAUGUUAG